UAAAUUUAUUAAGAAUUUCAAGUAAUAUGAUUAAAACUUAUUUUUCUUUUCAGUUUUCUGUUAUCAUAUUUUUGAUAUUCAUUGUUGAAUUAGCUGUUGGAAUAUCUGCCUAUGUAUUCAGAAAUAAAAUAUCUGAUAAUAUAAAGAGUGUUUCUAAAGAUUUAUUGGAAAACUAUAAUAAAGAUGCAAGUGACAAAGACUUUUGGGAUGACAUACAAACAACGUACAACUGUUGUGGUAUUGAUGGCCCAAGAGAUUGGAAUGGAACCUUUCAUUUUCCUGACCUACCUAGUUCAUGCUGUGUUAAAAAUGAAACAACAUGUACAUAUGAAAGUAAAAGUGUUCGAGUUGAGGUAUGUAUUAUUAUUAAAUUAAUUUAAAGUAAUAGAAUUAUU